AUGGCGGGCAUCUGCUUCGCUUGCGAUCAGCCGGAGGGAGAGAAUGAUGCUGGAGCAGCUCCCCAAGAGGCACCAGCGGAUAUCGGCGAUCCUUGCACAUCCGGGUUCGUCGGAAAUGAAGCUUCAGCUCGGAGCAAGGUUCCGAAAAAUCUACGCAAUACCGACGAGUCGUCAAGCAUCGCGUCGACGAUAACCGCUAGCAGCGACAAACGCGUAGGAAAGAAGAAACAGAGCAGAACUGGAAGGAGCAAGCACACUGCCAAGAAUGUUCGCAGCUCAAGGAAAGACUCGCCUUAUGUCAACCCAAGAGGUAAAAAUCGCAUGACCAAAAAGAGGCAUGCGUCAGAGGAAAGGUCUGCGACAAGCACCAGUUACACAAGCCCAACUAGGUCAUCGAGCAGCGGCAGAGAAGAGAAGCGCGGGACUCAGACGGCCCACAAAUGGAGCAAAGCUAGUGGACAGAGCCGCACUGCUAAGGCUCGGCGACCAACAAGCUCGUCGCCUAGCGGCGGCAGUCGGCGUAAGCGCAGAACAAGAAGUCGAAGCACUGCAACAAGCAGGUCUUCGAGCAGCAUCAGCAGCAGUAUUAAGCAUGGCGUUAAGAGGGACUGGUGGUCACGGAGCUCACGCACAGUGAGUGGGCACAAACGAAAAAUCAAGAAGGCGCGCCGCUCUGGAACUACGUCGACGGUGAGCAGUGGCGAGAGCGCUGUUGAAGCUAAACGACAGCGUCGAUUGCGAAGCAUGUCAAGACACAGUGGAGGCAAUAAGCACAGGGUUAAAGGUCGAUCUGUGUCGGAGAGCAGUACGCUUAGCAGCUUGAGCGAUAGUCACAAAACCAAGAAGAAUCGCCGUGCUGGACGCCGCUCUUCGAGCACUCGCAGCCACCACGAGAGCCGACGCCCAACAGACGCCCCGUCAGGUAGCCAUUCAUCACCCACUGUAUCGACGCGCAAGAGCCGCAAGGCCAAGGCAGCGGCGACUCGAAAGAACACUCGGGGUGCUGUUGAGAAGGCUACGGUGACAGCAAAAGCUCCGAGAACGCCAAAGAGUAAACUAGCAUCUGCAGAAAAGAAAUCGAGCUGUCCAGCGGUUUCCACAGUGAAGAGACCGACACGCAAACUCAAAACCAAGACGUCGGAAGACGAGGCACGCAGCCAAGAGACCGUUGCGUCAAAUCCGGGUAUGAAUGCUGAGUCAACACCAGGAACAACGCGAAAACGCAAAGCCACUACAUCCAAAGGUGCAGUAGGUGCUCAGAAAACUGACACUUUGCCAGGAACGGCAACGACGCAUACACGCAAAGCUAGGACGUCCGGGGAGGCUGACAGCACUGAGAAAGCCAAACCGACGCCAGGACCUGCAAGGACGCGUACACGCAAAGCUAGGACGUCAGAGGAUGCCGGCAGUGCUGAGAAGAUUCAGCCGACGCCAGGACCUACAAAGACACGGUCACGCAAAGCUACGACGUCCGGGGAGGCUGACAGCACUGAGAAAGCCAAACCGACGCCAGGACCUGCAACGACGCGUACACGCAAAGCUAGGACGUCAGAGGAUGCCGGCAGUGCUGAGAAGAUUCAGCCGACGCCAGGACCUACAAAGACACGGUCACGCAAAGCUACGACGUCCGGGGAGGCUGACAGCACUGAGAAAGCCAAACCGACGCCAGGACCUGCAAGGACGCUAACACGCAAAGCUAGGACGUCAGAGGAUGCCGGCAGUGCUGAGAAGAUUCAGCCGACGCCAGGACCUACAAAGACACGGUCACGCAAAGCUACGACGUCCGGGGAGGCUGACAGCACUGAGAAAGCCAAACCGACGCCAGGACCUGCAACGACGCGUACACGCAAAGCUAGGACGUCAGAGGAUGCCGGCAGUGCUGAGAAGAUUCAGCCGACGCCAGGACCUACAAAGACACGGUCAUGCAAAGUCAAUACAUCUGAAGACGUUGGUGGCGCUCAGAAGGCUGAGAAAGCAGCAGGAACAUCGCGAAAGCGCAAAGCAACAACAUCGAAAGAUGCAGGAGUCAAUGUAGAGACUGAGACAGCAGUAGGAGCAACAAAACGCAGAACAAGGACGGCUGAGUACGGAGAAAGUAGUCAGAAGAUUGAUUCGAAGGGUAAAACAGGCAUGACGAGACAGCGCAAAGCCACAAUGCCGGAAGACAAAAAAAUCCCUAAAAAGACCGAUACCCCUGCCACGGCGAGAAAGCACGGCACAAAGUCGUCAGGACAUGAAGGAAGUGAUAGUGCGAAAUCAACGACACUGACCACGAUACCCAAGAGCAAACCUAGCACAUCUAAAGACACGAACACCAGCAAAAAGAACCAUGACAAGACACCAGCUACUACGGCGAAAGAGCACACUGCGGAAACAACUGAGGACUCGGGAUGUGAAGGCAGUGUCAAGUAA